GGGUAUAAGGCCUUUAUGGGGGAUUCACUCUCUUACCUCUCACUUAAGAGAGGUGGUCGCAACCGGAAGUUCUACUGUAUGACUAUACUCUUAGAGUUACUCGAGGCGGAGCAAACUUCUCAAGUUACAUCUAUGAUUGGAUAGGGAUGAAAAAAUUCUUUAAAAUGGCGUCCAUUCCUAGAUCAAGUGAAUCCACUCGCUCUAGCCUUUACGUUUGGGAGAUAUUAGGGCACUUUUUCCUUGGCCUAUAAUAUUUUACACGGUGGAAAAAUCUGGCUGAUUUCUCUCGAAGCUGAAUAUCACUAGAGCCUCAACAGCAAAUUUUGGGGAAGUCAGUGCGAAUCGCAUGCGCACGUGACAGCUCUGCGGUUGUAGCAGAAGCUAGACAAAGAUUACGUAAAAUAAUCAAGGCGCACAAAGAAAGUAACUUGUUUUUUACCUAUCAUUGUAACCUACCCUUCAACCUCGUUUAACUUCACAGCGCGAAGUUAUGUACAUCAGUGUUAUAUCAGCAUCAGCAUCAGUAACAACGACAACAACAUUUAUUUGCUGAAAAAAACCCAAAAAAUUUACGAAUGACUACUGUAGUCAGUGAAACGAAUAUUAUAUAGAGCAACCACAAAAGCUUCACAUUAUUUACAACGUUUCUCGUGAAAAUUUGGCUUGACCUUACCAUAACCAUUCAAUUCUAAAAUUUGUCAUUAACUUGUUACUCCUUUUCAGCGGGCAAAAAAACCCCAACGCCAACAACAGCGGUAGAAACAACGACAACAUCAAGACAAGCAUGCUCCAAUGGGUUGCUAACCUUAUUUUGUGAAGGUAUCACUGACGUAAAUGCAGUCCAUAAAGUUCAGUGGAAAAUUAAAUUUCCUAACGUUGGUUGGAACGAGUUCGCCUACUGUAACAAAUACGACAUGGACUGUAUCGUAACGAGACCAGUGCUGCCAGAAGGAAUCAAAGUGCUGAAAGUUUCUAAUCGCUCUGUGAGCCUACAAAGAGUAGCAAAGAACAACACAAACGGUUAUGCCCGGACAAUGUGCCAAGUUCUCUACUCGGACAACUCCCUGACUUCGCAUGUCUACAAGAUCAACUUUACCGCAAAAUGUGUGCGUAUUCAUGAACGCCGUGAUCUUAAUUUAACAAAGAUCCUACAGAGCAUUGCACCAUGCGAACGUGUAGUCGAUACUGAGUGGCAUAGCAUUAAUGGAAGCAAGUUUGCGCACUGCAACACUUGCCAGGAUUGCAAGAAAAUAUCUGAAGUCAACCGAGAGCAGGUUUUUUGGAACCGAUUACAAGUUGCCAGAGGCUCAUUAGUGUUGACUGCAAUUCAGGAGAACGACGACGGGCGCACGAUUAGAGUGAAAGUUCACAUUAAAGCGUCUGGAAAGUCUCUUGGAAGGGACGUUGAAGCAAAUAUGGUAUCAGUGCAUAUGUACACAAUUUGGAUAUUUGUGAAUACAUCUCGUCCUCCAGGUAAUUAAUUACUGUGAUCGGGUCUGUAGUUUAAAGACUUAAGUGGCUUCCUAGAGUAUUUAAGUACGAACAUCCUCCCUAUAGAGCGCGAGUUAGAAAAAGAAACUUAGUUAAUUUCUCUUAAAGUUUUCUCUGUGGAGAUUUACCAGUAUGGGUACUGUUAAAAUAAGGCUUAUGUUUUGGUUGUCCUAUUUUUGAAUUAAGGCCGUUGCCAUGGCAGCAUCUCAUCUAAUGACAGGCAGAUAUAUUCCUCAUUUUGGCCUAAACUCC